AUGGUCCAACAAAGAAAGAAAUCGCUUCGGUCUUCAGCGAAACCGCGACGAUCAGGGAGAGGGGGAAAACUCGCCUCAGAGACGACAGUGAAAAGCGGGAAAUUCUCCAAAGCUAGAACAUCGACCGCGACAACACCUUCUAGGAAGGGUGAGACCUCUAGACAGCAGCCAGCCUUGAAUGUCGGAGUUCAAAUUCCUCUGGACGCCUUGGAAGCGAAGGUCACAACGGAUGACGGAAAGAAAACUUCACUAGGAGAACAGCUAGAAAAGAGUCAGCCUGGUGGCUUGGUUGUCUUUGUGUAUCCUAAAGCUGACGACGAAGCGUACGACUACGCCAGUGAAUUCGACUACCGUCAAUUCAACUACGAGGUCGCAGCUGUGUCGAUGAUCGGGCUGACACCACAUUCCGUGGCUGCUAAUGCGGCGUUGAAGGAAGAGAAGGACGUGUAUUUUACGUUACUCAGUGACCCCAGAAGCGAUGUGAUCAAGGCAAUGAACCUCAACAUAUCAAAGACGAGUAGGAAUGUUGGUGCUUUUGUGAUUGACAAGGAGCGGACUCUGCACGCUUACAGCUGCGGGAAGAAGGAUAAUGUUUUGGACCAGUUGGAUCGGGCGAUGGAGGUGUAUAUGGAAGGGCUGGAGGGAAGUUAG